AUGAAGCCCUUAUCGUUCAUACGUGGUAACAUUCUCCUGAUCAUCACAGUCCUCGCUGUAGUCGUGGGUGUGGUGGUAGGGGUGACGUGUCGACAGCUCGCCCCGUCGGAAGAAGCCAUCCGCCUUGUGAAAUUUCCAGGGGAGCUGUUCCUGCGGAUGCUGAGGCUGCUGAUGUUACCUUUGAUAAUGGCCAGUAUGAUUACAGGCCUAGGGAACUUGAAGGGAGCUGCUGCUGGAAGGAUGGGCCUGCUGGCUUUGGUGUACUAUAUGGCUACUACUGUUGUCGCUCUGGUGAUAUCACUGGCGCUGGUACUUGCCAUCAAACCAGGAAGUAACUCUCGUACUAUCACAGCAGACAUUUCUUAUGCAGAAGAAGCAAGAACUUCUGGAACUGACAUGGUUUUGGAUGCCAUAAGAAACGUCUUCCCUGACAACAUUAUUGGUGCCGCCAUUCAACACACCAGAACCAUAACGACCGAUGGAGAUAAAAGAUUAGAACUAAUCAAUAUAAGUUCAAAUGACAACGGUGGAGUUGAUCAUGAAUUCAACAUCACAAGAAACGAUCCGUUGCUGCUGAAGAAGACCGUUGCUGUAGGGGGUGUUAAUAUUGUUGGUAUAUUGACAUACUGUGCGGUGUUUGGGGUAUUUCUCAGCAGAAUAGGCAAGCAUGGGUCCGUUGUACUACGGUUCUUCAAUGCCAUCAACACUAUCACCCUCCACAUGGUGCAACUAGCUAUGUGGUUCUCCCCGUUCGGCAUAAUGUCGUUGAUUACAGGACAGUUGUUGUCUUCAGACAGCCUGAGAGAGACAGGUGAGAUGUUGGUCCUCUACAUAAUCACUGAAUUAGCAGGACUGCUGAUCCAUGCCUUACUUGCUACGCCUUCACUGUAUUUGAUGAUCACCAGGAGUAAUCCGUUUCGUGUGCUAGGCGCGGCUGGACAAGCUCUUAUCACAGCCUUUGCAACAGGGUCAAGGUAA